AUGCCGGCCAAACUCAAGUUCAAACUUGUUCAUUGCUCCAGUGAGGAUCCAGAAUUUCCGGCAACAGAGCUCAAUGCUCACUCUCCGCACACUGUCGGCUGGCAGUCUGCUCGCUUCUGCGACUACCCACAGGAGAUUGGAUUUCAGUUCUCGUCGACGGUGCACCUGAUGCAGCUGCAAGUGCUGUCGCAUCAGUUCAAGAUCGCUUCCAAGCUGGAGCUGUUUGUGGGUAUGCCUGAAGGAGAUAAGACGACGUACCACAAGUGCAAAUUCAAGAGGCUGGGCUACCUGUCUCUGGACGCCAAUGAGCGAAGUUCAUGGCAGGCACGAGAGCUGAAGUCUGUGCAGCUAGAUGCCUACGGGAAGUUCUUGAAGAUUGUCGCACAUACAUGCCAUGCGAACAAGAUGAACAUCUACAGCCAAGUCGGAAUCAUCGCCAUCAACGUCAUCGGCGAUGCCGUCGGCAACUCGCCAGCCGCCAUCCCCUCGGCUCCCACCCAGCCUAUUACGCAGAACCGCAAGGAGAUCUCAGCCCUAGAUGACGUCACGUUCGACCUCAACUUCGAUCCCACCACGGCUGCUCAGAUUCGCGAGCUCCACAUCGCCAAGGAGCGAGCAGUCAAGGCGGAGGACUACGACGCUGCCAAGAGGCUCAAGGACGCGAUCGAGCGGCUGAAGCAGGUGGGGUCAAGGGUGGCGAAGCUGGAGCUAAGGAAGAAGGCGGCGGUGGACAACGAGGACUACGACACAGCUAAGGCGCUCAAGUCUGAGAUCGACAAGCUCCGCUCCGGCCUCUCACUCGCUCCUCGUCCUGCCGAGAACGCGAGGGCAGCGCCGGGCGACGGGGGUUACGGGCGAGGAGAAGGUGCAGUGGUAGUGGAGCAGGAGAGCCGGAUGAAGCAUCUAGGUAUGUCCGUGAGCGGCUGA